AUCUCUUUCACCUUCUCAGCUUGAAUCGCCCUAAAUUCCCCAGGCUAAAAAAGCGCGGAGAGAGAUCUAUGCCUGAUAAACUAAGAUCUUGGGAUUCCCAGGCACCCACGCCGACUUCCCAACCACACAGAGGCUCGCCCCUAGCCUACGACGCUCUGGGUGGAACUACCCACUACAAUAAUUUUGAAAGCGACUAUGCUGUCGCUGAAGUAGAAGAUCUCUAUGAUGGCGCCAGCUUCGAGUUCGUCCCGUCAACCUUUAAUAAUGAGGGACUUCCAGCCAUAUCGGGCUGGUUAACAGACUCAUGGAUCCCCGAUGGUUCACAAAAUCCCCCUGGGAUGACUGAUUAUGGGUUUCCGAAUCAUUAUGCGGCUCCGGUGGCUCCCACCGAUGGUCAAGAGGCGCAAUUUGACUUGCCUGGAUUGCAUCAUCCUGAUAUCUCGCCUUCUUCCCUCUGCCAUACCCAGACGGUCAAUUUGGACACAAAUGCAUAUAUGCCGUUUCUGGACAGUGGGGAGUCAUCUUUGUAUGAGCCACUGGUGCGAACAAAGACGCAAGCCAUUCCAGUACAAAAUCCGAAUCGUCCUUCGAGUCUCCCCAGGAGAAGAAGCCAGUACUCACUGCGCAGACUAGGACAAAUAACGAGUGGAAGGUACACACCAACCAGCAUAAGCUCUCUGGAUCCGAUGCAACGAUGGCAAGAAUCUCCUCCGGAGGAUGAACCGGCAUCCCUGUCAGCAAUCAUGCAGGCUGUCAAUAAGUCAGAACAGGCUGGGGAAGGAUUAUCUGUCGACGAAGGCCUUCCAACUAGACCGAACGCUUCGUUCCGACAUCAUCGCCGACCGGCCUCACUUGCUAGCUCUAGAAGUGGAACUAGCGCAUCAUCAUGGCAAUCCUCGGCCUCAACACGGUCUGCAGUGUCAACGCCCAGGUCGCAAUCUGGGAGCACGCGAGUAGGCAAGAGCAAAAGAAAACCCAAAAAACCAUCUGGACUGGAUAACGAUCGAAUAUUCUGUUGCACCUUCUGCUGUGAUACGUUCAAGAACAAGUUUGAUUGGUCUCGCCAUGAAAAGUCCUUACAUCUUAAUCUGGGAGGCUGGGCGUGCACACCUCAUGGAGGCUCAGCAUUAUCAACUGUGACGGGCAGGAUGCAUUGUGUCUAUUGUAAUUCCCCGGAACCAACCCCCGAACAUCUUGAUGGGCACAAUCACUUCCAAUGCUCUGACUCGACUCGCAUAUUUCGCCGCAAGGACCACCUAGUUCAGCACCUCAGGCUUGUACACAGCCUGGAAAGCUUACCUGUGAUUGACGACUGGAAAAUUUUGGGUCCGACCAUCACCUCACGUUGUGGGUUCUGUGACCAGCGACUCCAAGACUGGGAUGAGAGAGCGGAUCAUUUGACGAACCAUUUUCGCCAGGGAAUGACCAUGAGUGACUGGAAAGGGGAUCACGACUUUCCCCCGGCCAUCGCUGCGCAGGUCAUUAACUCUCUACCGCCAUAUCUUCUCAGCUGGGAAUCGGGGACAAUGGUCCCAUUCUCGGCAUCGAAUAGAACUGCGCAGGAUCACUUGGCCCAGAUAUCCGCUCGGGCGGAUUGGGUGGCUGCGAAUGCAAGUGCUCAGGCUCAGAAUGAACAACAAGCCGCGCUGCAACCUUCCUCGCAAUUACCACCAGCGGGCGAAACAAUGGUACCGUUGAACACUUUCACGGGUAUCCUGACACAGCACCUCAGCCGCUAUGCUCGUCAGCAAAUGAGGAUGGGGAUCAUUCCCACUGAUGAGAUGUUCCAACAGGAGUCGAGAAAAUUACUCUAUGACUCGGAGGACUCUUGGAACCAAUCCAUUGCAGAUAACCCGGCCUGGAUAUCGGCAUUCCGACAGCAGCUUCAAGUGCAACCUGGCAAUAAUGCUCCAGCAGGGGCUGACUAAUUGGAAGAUACGACAGCUGGAUUUAGCUUCAAGCAACGAUGACUUGGGAUGUACGAUCUCCAAGUUUAAUGUCUAAAAAAGCUUUCAGCCACUCAAUACAUUGCAUAUGUUACCCUGCCUUGGCGGCUGCAUUACUCCAUUGCCUAUAUGCACCUGUAAUACAGAAGAUGUUUAUUUGGUCUGACCGAG